CGUCAUUUUCAGCCUUUCGCAAUCCGUCACCGUUUAUCGAAUGAACGUGAAUUUAACUCGUUUAACUGAAAAAAAUUGAAGAUUUAGGUACAUUAAACGCUUGCGCCUAACUCAAGUUUAUUUCUGUCAUUACUGGGAGAUGAAUAACAGGAUCGUUUUUUAACUACAGUCACAUAGUGUACCUAAUGCUCUGAAAGCUAAUGUUAACUUUUUGUUAACCACUUAAUUAAUUCAGUUAGAACUCAGAAACACUCAAAUAUGUCAGUUUAUAUUCAAUUCAAGCAAAUCAGCACAUUGAUGGCACUUCAUUCAUGGAAGACUGUUCACCCACACCGGCCCCUGAUCAAGUUUAGGAAUGGUCCACAUGCAGCGACCUCGGAGCGGCCGGCCGUACACGCCUCGCCGGUGACGGCGGCGCCUGCGCCGGCCGCCGCCAGCGCCCCUAGCGGCGGCGGCCGCAGGUGGACCACGGUGCAGUCGGGGCCCGUGCUGGAGGAGUGGCAGCUGCCGGCCCGCUACCGCCGCCUGCCGCUCGAGGAACGCGAGAUCGAGUGCAUCAAUAAUGGCGGAAUGCCAUGAACUCUCCAGUGCCUGAUCGUAGCAGUGAACGAGCGUGUUUGCAUGAAGUGCUGGUAUUUACCAUGAAGAAAUGACGCGCCAAUGUCGGCGUAACUCCAGCCUGGAGGCCGCUUUAACUCCUACGGGGUGUUCACAUACUGCCGGAGCCUUCGCCAGCAUGUGAGCCACCACAUGCGGUAACGCUGGGUCAGAAGGGACCUUCCCCGUGUCUGGAAGCCGACAGAUAUAGCCGAUAUGAGGUGCAGUGUUAUCUGGGGGCCGCCGGUGAACCCCGGACUGUUAAAGGGACCCUCCCACCUUAACAUUAGAUUUGAGUUGAGAUAGCCAAAAUGGGGUCCCUGGCUCACAAUUACCGGUUUCGGCACUCACAACAUCGAGAAAUGCCUUAAAUCGGAAAUAUUGAAUUUCAAAAUUGCAGCAUUUUGAUUCAGAGGGGCUAAUGCUUAGGAAUACCCCUCUGAAUGUGUGACGUCAGCGCAAAUAUCUAACGAUUUUUAAAUGUUUGACUAAAACGUUUUGUAGCACGCGGUGGUAUAUGCUAUUUGCGCGCAACAUCUGCCGCAAACGCCGCACUUCUAAAAUAAAGUCGCUAGAAACAGCGGAGAUCCCAAAAAAGUAAACAAAAGUAAAAGUCUAAUAUCUUGAAAACCGGUGAAUAUUUUUCGAUGAAAUUUGGUAGAUAUUGGUUUUCGCUCCUUCUGAACCGAGCGACAUCACUUUCAUGCCAAUUCAUUGACUUUUUUGAAGGUGGGAGGGUCCCUUUAAUGGACUGUGCGCAGUGGUCUAUGUGUAGAUUAGUAGAUAAAUACACCAAAGUGGAU